AUGUCAACCAUUAAAGUUACAUACAACGCUACGAUCCGUAAAUUAACGCUCCCCUUAACCGUAACCUGGAUUGAGUUGUCCGCUCAACUUCGACACCUUUUCUCAAUUCCUCUCAAUAUUCCAAUUGGACUCUCCUAUUCCGACGAAGACGGGGACGUUAUUACGCUGUCUUCGGAUGUCGAACUAAGGGAUGUAUUGGAGUCAUCUAAGGGCUCUACUAUGUCUUUCGUGUUGAAUACUGGUACCGAAGAUAGUGGAUAUGAGUCUUGGGUGCUUGAAGGAAGAUCAAAAUUAAACAAAGAAGACAGAGAAGGUAAUCAAUCACAGCCAAUGAUGACUUUGAGAAAUGUUGUUUGCGAAGGCGUUACGUCGAAAGAGGCUGACAAGAAAUGCGGAAGACCCUGCGAUAGCGCCGGCAAUAAUGGGGAAAAUGCCAAAAACGAUAAAGAUGUUGAGACUGUUGUAGAGCAAUCUCAAUUUACCCCGCCCGAACAACCAACUAAUUUCGCUGGACAGAUCCAAACUUUGAUGGACCAACUCCACGAAGUCGCCCGACAAAAUCCUCAAUUAAGACAAACGGCCAAUUUAAUAGUAGAUCAAAUCUUUGAAUCCGCUAGCAACGGUGUUGAGAAUGUGGGUGGCUGGUUCAGGUCAUUUGCUGCUAAUGAGUUGCCGCUGCCGUCGCUUGGGAAUGCUAAUGAUCGACAUACGCGUGCAGCUUGUUCGUGUGAUAUAAAUAGGCAACACAAUUGUAAUGGGCAGGCGUUAUGCUCACAAAGAUCCGCUUCAUGUUUAUCUGCAGAGUUUCAAAAAAUAGUAACGAUGGCAUGUUUCAUGAAAAAGGCUCUUAAAAUAGCUCUAUUCAUCUUCUUAUUUUUUGCCAUAAUCAAAUUCUUCUUUGCCGUAGUGUCGAUAUUAUUCCUUGCGUCGUGGGUGUUGGUUCUAGCAAUCUUGUUUGCGAAAUUACGCCGGCGAGGAUUUUUUGUUAGACGACAUUGCCCAUGGGAGAGAAGAUCCUAUUAUUUAUGGAAUAGGAACACAUAUCCUCGCUCUAGUUACUAUUGA